AUGUCUCCUCUACUCACACCUCCAACGGAGGAUCAGAAACCAACUCCGCAUGUCUCGAGGAAGCCUUCAAAACUUACUAAACAUUCAAGUCGGAGUUCAAAAAGAACAACCAUAUCACAUGAAAAUGGUCCCGCUCCUAUAGACGGUCGACAUAAGAGAGUUUGGAAAGCUUGCGAACGGUGUCGCAUGAAAAAGACAAAGUGUGACGGAGAAUCGCCUUGUAAGAGAUGUAAAGACGAUGGGUUGGUGUGUACAGCAGGAAGCAGGAAAAAGACCGAAUUCAAGCAACUACCACGAGGGUAUGCCGAAGUAUUAGAAAACACGCAAUACGCUUUAAUUGCGACGGUUCAAAAAUUGUAUACGAUGUUACGCAACAACGAGUCUUGGGAGCUUGGGGAACCAGAGAUGAACGAGCGAGGACAUCCUGUUAUUCACGACAUAGCUUCGAAGCUUGGUUGUAUACGCCCAUCGCCGGACUUACCAUAUUCAUUUCCAGAAGGAGAGCAGGAUUUCGCAGAUUUACAGGCGCAGCUGCAAGAAGCGCAGUCAGAUUUGACACCAGAAGAGGGAAGCAGUAGGAAACCAUCCACGGACGACUCCAGCUGUUCACCAGGUCUCGACAGGGCUGAGCGAGCAAGCAGUACAGAAAGCGAUCAUUCAAACAUGUCAAAGGAAUAUAAUCAGAUGAUGAUGUCUCAGGCAAACUCAGCAACAAGACCUUCUCUGGCCAGGAAGUCUAUGCCGGCUUCAAUUCGCACGAACCUGAACAACGCUCCUCAACGGUCUCCGUGGGAUGAUUCCAUGUAUCUUACACAGACUCCACUGGGACUAGGACCAGAUACUUCAAGAUCGAUUCCUUCUCCCGCGCAUACAAGUUUCACAUCCGAAGGGAGCUCUCCGUAUACGCAAUGGGCUACCCCCGAUGAUUUCCUCAAUAAAGAACACAUGCUGGUGCAAACGGGAGCCCAGUUAAUGCGACAGCAGCAGCUACCGCGACCUUCACCCCUCGGACCGUCGAACAUAUAUGCAAAUUCGUCGGGUCUUUAUUCACCAGGGUUCGACGGCAACACAAUUCGGCCGAAUAUGUUGGAUUUCAACCCAGACUACGAGGAUGUUUAUCCGAUGGAUAUGGACAUUAACAUGAUCUAUGGGGACUACGAUAACCGAAGGACUGUUCCUUAG